UCAGGCGUUUUUCUCAAGGGGGACGACCGUCAAACGCACCACCUCGGGUAGUUCUAGCGUGGCUUCAGUCGGGCAAACACAAACGCGACACACACACUCACGGCUGACACGGUGUCCAAGUCCCGGCUGCACCCUGCUCUUAUCGUCCGGGCCCAACCCGGACCACGUGACGGCGACGGAAUCGACGACGACGACGGCGUUCUUGAUGGCCACUUUCCCCUCAGAGUGCAUAACCGUGUAUCCCUCUUGGCAGCGUUGCUGACUAUCUUCUGCCUCCCUCUCUCUCUGUCUCUCUGUUGGACUCUCGGUGUGUAUGUUUGCCUUUACCUCCUCCUUCCUACGGCGACGGCUGAGCUUCGACGAGCUGAAUUACGAGAGAGAGGUAAAAGUGUUCAGGGCAGGUAAAAAUCGACGGGUGGUCUCCACGACUAUCCCGUAAGUCCCGUCGGUCGACGACGGUCUAGGCUUCUCCUUCCUCUGCUGGGUUAGUAGUGGCUAGCUGGUUAGAACGGGCCGUGUCGAAAAACUCAAAACUGUAGAUUUUGCGUAACACCCAUUUGGAUUUUGUGUUUGCCAAAGGUCUGGCAGCGAUUGGAUUGGCGCACAGCGCGAUGAUGGGUUGUUGGAGAGAGUCCCGGUGGAUUCAAUCAGUUGCGAUUCGGAAGCCAAGCUGGUGAGACCGGUUUGAGUCGCGGCGUGAACUGCCUCUUUCGUGCUGCCCAGUCCGUGUGUCUGUGUUGUGGUGGCGUGAAGAUGAGUGACGUAGGCUGUUCGAAAAUCAUGGAGUUUUACCGGGGCUCCACGGUGCUGAUAACCGGUGCCAGCGGGUUCGUCGGCCAGGUCCUGCUGGAGAAGAUUCUCCGCAGCCUGGAGGUGGACCGGGUGUACGUGAUGAUCCGCCCCAAGUGGAACUGGAACGUCGAGUCGCGCCUGCAGCGAAUCCUCGACGGCCAGCUAUUCGACGUGCUGCGCAAAGACUCGGCCAAGUGGCAAGAAAUGACACGCAAAGUUAUCCCGGUGGAAAUAAAUCUGGAAGAAGACGAACAUCUGAUCGUCGAUCAGCUGAGAAGCAAAUUGCUGAAUGAAGUGAAUGUUGUGUUCAAUUUGCUCGCUUCGGUAAAUUUCAAUGAACCGUUGGACUGUGCGCUACGCACGAACGUAGAGUACACCGACCGAAUGCUUGAACUGGUUUGCAAGAUGAAAAACAUUAAGACAGUGGUUCACGUAUCAACUUUCUACUCGAACUGUGACAAGCGGGUCAUCGAGGAGCGAAUUUACGACAACGUCGGCUACGGCGGUGUUGCCAACAUGAUAAACAUUGUGUCCAAACUCAACGAACCGGAAAAGCAAAUACUGACCCAGCACAUCAUCGGCAACUUCCCCAACACGUACACCUUUAGCAAAAAGUGUGCCGAGGUACUGAUCCAGGACAAGUAUCGCUCAUUGCCAAUUGGAAUCUUCCGACCCCCAAUCGUGAGCUCAACGUACCGCGAGCCCGUCCCCGGCUGGAUCGACAACUUCAACGGGCCGUCCGGCAUGGUGGUCCCGCUGUCGCAGGGCAUGUACAGCGCCGCCCUGCUCGAUACGCGGGCCCGCCCGUUCAUCGUGCCCGUCGACUACUGCGUGAACGCGCUCAUCAGCUGCGCCGUGGACGUGCACCUGCAGCGCGCCCACCAGAGCCUCGCGAUCCCCGUGUACAACUACACGGACGCCAAGUGCAAUCUGUCCUGGGGCGAGAUCAUCGCCGGAUUCAUCCAGGGGCUGCCACCGUUCAAGCGGUUCAUGGCUACCUACUUCACGGCAACAUUAACCCGCAACCGGAUGCGUUACGCCCUCUGCAAGAAGCUGAUGCUGAUGCAGGCCUACCUGCUGGAUCUGGGCCGGCGGCUGCGCGGCGAGGCGCCCGCCCUCGGCCAAAUCUUCGAAAAGAUGAUCAGCCUGAGCGAGGUGCUGGAGUUCUUCUGCCUGAACGAGUGGCGGAUGACCAACGACAACGUCCUGCGCGUGCAAGCGGCCGCAACCGAGCUCGAGCGGCGUACCUUCCCGUGCGAUCUGACCAAGGUCGACUGGAAGGGCUACUACAAGGGGUUCGUGCCCGGAGUCAUACGGUACGCGAUCGAACCGCGCAAGGCCAAACACCGGGCCAGGAAAAACGCCGAAGAGCAGAACGGUGGAACUGCAAAGGUGGUUCAGAAACGUGGAAUAUGCUACGCGGUGUGGAGUUUUUUGUUUAGAUAUGUGACGAUAGUGUUUAAUUUUUUGUUUAUAAAGCAUUGAAACCCGGACCCCGGAUGGUGACAGCAAUUAGCAUUGAGUUCUGUCUCUCUAUCUCACUCUUGUGUUGAGAAGGUACCACACUGUCCAUUUGUCUUCGCUAGCAAUUUUCUGAAGCGCGUGCAAAUGAGUCUAGAUAAGUUACUUAGUCACAAGAAAUGAUGCUAAACGAAACUGCCAGUCAUAUUGUGGGGGAGGGGGAAUCUGGCAGGUGUGUAGCAAACGGGCACUUUUCUGCCGGAUCGCCAUUACUAGGUAAAAAUGCUUCAAAUUAGUUGAUUGAAAACUGAGAAUACUUGGGCUUGGCGUCGCAUUAAGAACGCGACCUUUUGUUUGCGAAAUUAGGGACAGACUUUUAAAAGGUGCGGCGUCACUCCAAAACUGGUUCCACACCUGUUUUUUCCUUUUUAUUUUGGUUGGGAUAAAUAUAGCAAUGGGCAGUCUUAGGUGCGAUAAAUUAAGGGCUUCCGCCGUGCCGAACAUGUUUAUUAACAUAUCUUUAUUUACAAUCAUUGUGAAAUGAUCAUUUAGGUGGUAUUUUUUUGUCAGCAAACUCGAGUGCAUUUUUUGCCUAAUAUAGCUUUUUCUUUUGGUACGAGAAUGUGCUUGUUUGGAGUGGACUAUAGUUUGAUAAUAAACCCAAUAACAAAAUUUUAAUCACUCAUUUGAAAGUAUUUUGAAAGUUAGUGCAGAAAAUAAUUAAAUCUUAUUUAAAAAUUAACUACUGUUUGGGAAAAGUGCUAAUAAUUAAAUGGUAAAUAUGCCACAUUCAAUAGGGAAAUCACUCCUGGUCAAAAUAAUAUUAAACUUUUAACCUUCCAUAAAGAAAUAUGUUAAAUAACAUUUUAACAGAAAAUAAUUGGGUAAAAUUAGAGAAAAAUAGGUAAAUUUUCACCACCUGCUUUUGACACAUUCCAUUUCUUUAUUUUUCAUUUAAAUUGUGUGAAAACUUAAAGCUUUUGUUUGGCCUUUGAAGCUUCCAAAGAAAUAAUAAAGUGAAUUCUUAGAGAAAA